AUGACAUUAGAAGAUUGUAAUAAUGUGACAGAAUUUGCACUAUUGGGUUUGUUUGAAGAUCCAGAGUUACAGAUCCCAAUCGGUAUAUUACUUAUAUUUGCCUAUUCCAUGAUAUUUUUAGGAAACUUCACCAUCAUAUUUGUUUUUUUUGGCGAUUCCCAUCUGCACACUCCCAUGUACAUUUUCUUAUUCAACCUUUCCAUCAUUGACAUCAUUUCCUCGUCCAAUAUUCUGCCUAAACUAUUUAAUAUGCUCUUCACAGAACAAAACAUGAUUUCAUUUAGAGAUUGUAUAACCCAGAUGUACAUAUUUGCAUCUCUGGUUGGUACUGAGCUUAUCCUGCUUGCGGCCAUGGCAUAUGAUCGUUAUGUGGCAAUCUGUCACCCUCUUAAUUACAUUGUUCUAAUGAGUUUAAGAAACUGUAUUGGUCUCUCAGUUGCAUCUUGGCUUGUGGGUUUUUUGGACACUAUUGGACAUGCCAUCCUUAUAUCUAAGAUGUACUUUUGGUCAGAUCGUCCUAUUGACCAUUUCUUUUGUGAUAUAUCCCCAUUGCUGAUGAUUGCCUGCAGUGAUAUAUCUAUGGUGGAAGUCUUAAACUAUAUAGAAGGGGUUCUGCUGGCAUUUUCUUCAUUUCUUCUUAUAUUAAUUUCAUAUAUAUAUAUUAUCUCUACCAUUCUGAAGAUAAAAUCUGCAGAAGGGAAACAUAAAGCUUUUUCUACUUGCACCUCCCAUCUAACCUGUGUGAUCAUUUAUUAUGGGACUAUAAUCUGUUUGCAUAUUAAGCCUACAUCAAGUUAUUUCCCAAAACUGGACAAGCUCUUCGCUCUGGUAUAUGUUGUUUUGGUGCCUAUGCUAAAUCCUUUUAUUUACUGUCUUAAGAAUAAAGAAGUAGCAAAGUCAUUAAUCAAUCUAAAGUCUAAGUUCUUUAUAAUACCUUUAUAG